UUGGCUGAAAUGUAUAUAUUUUUUAAAAUUGUGUUUUUACAUAAAGAAGUCAGAUGCGUCAUCAUUUGAUUUUUCAAAAUGUUCUUUUGCAAAUUGUUCAGCUGGAAUGGUUUGGAAAGAUUCUUCAGGAUGCUCACCAUGCCCUUCAGGAUUCAUUUGCAAAGGAUUAUCUAAUCCUGCACGUCCAUGUCCUGCUGGUACAUAUAAUCCAUUAGUUUCAGCUGUUUUUGAAGAUUCAUGCAUUGAUUGUCCUGCAGGUUCAUACAGUGGUGAAGGAUCAAUUUCCUGCACAUAUUGUCCUGCUGGAUUCAAGUGUCUAGUUAACAAUACUGUUGAAUCAUGUGAGCCUGGAACUUAUUCUGCUCUUGCGCAAAUGGAUUGUAAACCCUGUCCUGAUGGUUUUGUGUGUGAGAGUCCAGAUUUGCCACCACAGAAGUGUGCUCCAGGAUAUGUAGCUAAUAAUGAAAGUAUUAUUUGUGAACCAUGUAGAGCUGGCACUUAUUCAUUUAAUAACACCUGUAUAGCAUGUAGAAAUGGUACUUAUAGUUCUAAGGGAUCAAUAGUUUGUACUACCUGCCCUGAUGGACAUAGUUGUGCUGAUAAAAUCAAUCCUUUAAAAUGCUUGAAAGGGACUUAUGCUGCUAGUGAUCAAAUGACCUGUGAAGGUUGUCCACUAGGUCACAGUUGUGAAGUUGAUGGAUUAAGUUAUCCGACACGAUGCUCAAAUGGAACUUAUCAAAACAAAGUAAAUAAAACUUCUUGUUAUUUGUGCCCUGCUGACUAUAGCUGUAUAAACAAUAUUGAAGAACCUGUUAAAUGUUCUGAUGGAAUGUACAGUUUAUUGGGAAUGAUUGAAUGCUUGGUUUGUCCUGCAGGUUUUAGCUGUCUUAAAAUUAAUGGAGUUCAAACUAUAUCAGCUUGUCAAAUGGGUUGGUAUUCUCCUGAAAGUGUUAAUGAGUGUAUUAAUUGUACCAAGGGACAUUUUUGUCCUUCCACUGGAUUAUCUACACCAUACAUGUGUCCUAGUGGGUGGUAUGCAGAUGAUGUUGGUUUUCAGCAGUGUAGACCAUGUCCUAAAGGUCAUGCUUGUUAUAAUGCAAUAGAUAGUCCUGUAGAAUGUCAAGCUGGUUUUUAUUCUGCAUUUGUUGGUCAAACCAAUUGUGCAGUAUGUCCAUUAGGUUUCUAUUCGGUAUCCAAUGGAAGUGAACAAUGUCUUUCUUGUCCAACAGGGCAUAAAUGUCCGUUUCCAGAUAAACCACCACAGAAAUGUGGAGAAGGCCAGUAUCAAGACAAGGAGGCCCAAUCAGUUUGUUUAACUGCAACAACAAAUUCAGCAGUAGUUGAUGCUUCAAAAGUGCCUAUUCAAUGCAGUGAUAAGCCUGGUUAUUUUUCAAAUGGUACAGCAUGUAUUUUAUGUUAUGAAGGUCAUUUUUGCCCUUCAUCUGUUAUCAAACCCAUAAGCUGUCCCUUAGGUACCUAUGCUAACAGUAAAGGAUCAGUCUUGUGUGAAUUGUGCCCAUCUGGAUACUAUUGCUUUAAUGCUACUGAAGAUCCUAAACCAUGUGAUGAAGGCAGUUUUAGUACAGCUGGAAGUAUUUUUUGUCAGGCGUGUCCACAAGGACAUUACAGUACAAAUGCAUCAUCAUCAUGUGUUCUUUGCCCAAGUGGUAGUAUGUGCCCAAUGGGUAAACCACCAAUAUUAUGUGAUGCAGGAACUUACAGCCCGCUUGGUGAUGAAAUUUGUCAUACAUGUAUUGCUAACUCUUUCAGUGAAGCUGGAUCUACGUUUUGUAUACCUUGUCCAAUUGGUUUCUUUUGUGUUAAUCCUUCUGUUUUACCCAUUCCGUGUAGAAAAGGAACAUAUUGGAGUAACACUGAUGAGAUUUCCAAAUGCAUUUUAUGUCCUUUUGGUUAUACCUGUGAUGAUCCUUUAUUGCCUCCUGUCCUUUGUAAACUAGGUACCUAUUCUACUGGUGGUAACUCAACAUGCUUACCAUGUCCUGAGGGAAUGUCUUGUAUUGAUCCAUCAAAAAUCCCUGUACCAUGUAAAGAUGGAACCUUUAGUUUUAAUGGCAUUGCAUACUGCUCUCCCUGUCCUGCUGGAAGACCCUGUCCUUCAUCCUCAACAUCAAAAUCAGAAAUAUGCCCAUUAGGAACCUAUUCAUUAAAUGGAGAAUCAACUUGUAAUACUUGCCCAACCGGUUAUAUGUGCCCAAAUCCUUUUAUUUCACCUGUUCCUUGCCGUUUUGGAGAAUACACUGAUGAAAAAGUAAAUCAAACAAUAUGUGAAAAAUGUCCUCCAGGAUAUGAGUGCCCUCAUCCUGAAGGCAAAAAAGUUGUUUGUAAACCUGGUUCAUUCAGUCUGGGAUCAUCUGUUUCAUGCACAUUAUGUCCUGCAGGAUAUAGGUGUCCCAAUGUUAAUAAGCGUCCAGAAUUGUGUCGCCCAGGUGAAUUUUCAUUGGGUGGUCAACUUGUAUGCAAUCUGUGUCCAGCUGGUAAAGCUUGCAGCUCUCGGUCUUCAAACUCCUCUAAUGACUGUCCCCGUGGCACAUAUUCAUAUGAAGGUCAAGCAGAAUGUUCUUUGUGUCCUGAUGGAUUUGCAUGUGAAACUCCAUUUGCAUAUGCAGCAUCUCCAUGCCCCAAAGGCUCUUUCUCUAAUAGUGGAACUUGUAAAAAAUGUCCUGCCGGAUGGGCUUGUCCUCUAACAGAUGGAUCAAGCAACAUACAGUGUCCUUUUGGUUCCUAUACAAUUGGUGAAGCUGUUAGUUGUAUUCAAUGUCCUGCAGGCAAAGAAUGCCCAACAACAACUUCUAUACCAAGAGACUGUAAACUAGGAUCAUUUUCAACUGGAUCUCAAAUGUUUUGCACACUAUGCCCUUCUGGAAAUUACUGCCCAAAAGUUGAUAAUGCAACAAUUAUACCUUGUGCUGCUGGUAGUUAUAGUGUAUUAGGACAGGGCACUUGUACUCAAUGUCCUGGUGGUUUUUCUUGUCCAAGUCAAAAUGAGCAACUUCAGUUGCCAUGUGCAAAAGGAUGGUAUUCACCAUUAGGAGUUGCGGAAUGUAUUCAAUGUGAAGCUGGAAGUUAUUGUCCUAAUAGUACAACUAAAGGUCUUCCUUGUGAUAAAAGUGGAUAUUAUAGUUUACCAGGAUCUAUUGCUUGUUCCCCAUGUCCAAAAGGCUAUUAUUGCAAAACCAAAGACCAACCUCCUGUUCUCUGCCUUGCUGGUUCUUAUUCAGAUAUAGCAAGUGAAAAAUGUAAUAUAUGCUCACCAGGUUACAUUUGUGCUGAAGGAAGUGUCACAGAUAAACCUUCUACUGGAAUAUGCCCGCUAGGUUACUACUGUGAAAAUAAUAAUAAAAUUGCAUGUCCAGCCGGUAAAUAUGGUUCACUUCAAGGUGCUGCUAAUUUAACACAGUGUAUUGAUUGUCCACCAGGUUAUUAUUGUCCAGAAGCAACUGCAGGGUAUCCAACAGAAUCAAUCAAAUGUCCACCGGGCCAUUAUUGUCUUCGUUCUACCAUGACAGCCUUUGAAAAUCCCUGUCCAGCUGGAACAUAUAGUAAUCAGCUUGGAAAUGCUAGGUUAAAUCAGUGCAAAGAUUGUAAAGCAGGAUUUUAUUGCCCUAGUGGUGAUCCUACUGGUGAUUCAUUAUGUCCAGCUGGUCACUAUUGUCCAUUCAAAACAACUUUUGGAACACAAAACAAAUGUCCCAGUGGAACUUACAACGAAGAACAAGGGUCUACAUCUUUAGCAAGUUGUAAGUUAUGUCCGGCAGGUGCAUAUUGUCCUGAGGCAUCUGAUUCGCCGAUUCCGUGCAAUCCUGGUACUUAUAAUCCGUUGCAAAACCAAGGUGAUAUAAAAAGUUGUCUUGAUUGUAUAUCUGGAAUGGCUUGUCCACAGCGAGGUCUGAAUUAUCCCUCUGUUCAUUGUAUGGCAGGACACUUUUGCCCAGCAAGAUCAAUUUUUCCUAAUGAUACUCUUAAUCGAUGUCCUGAUGGCACCUACACAGAUUUACAUAACGCAACAUCAGAUGCUGAUUGCAUUGAAUGUCCAGCAGGUCUAGCAUGUGAAGCUGGAACAGGAGGAAUUCAAAAGCAACCACAGCCUUGUGCAGCAGGUCAUUGGUGUAAAAAAGGAACACGACACCCAAAGCAGUUUCCAUGUCCUGCUGGAUCAUGGUCAAACCUUACAAAUCUACAAAGUGAAACAGGUUGUCAAGAAUGUCCUAAAGGUUGGUUUUGUUUAGAAGGUGCAUUUUCACCAAGUGGCAUUUGUCCAACUGGUCAUUAUUGUCCUUCAGGUACUCAGUAUUCAACACAAUUUCCUUGUGCAAAAGGAACAUUUUCAAGACGUCAAGGUAAUACUCGCUGGGAAGUAUGUGAGCCAUGUAUUUUGGGCCAUUUUUGUCCUACAGGAACAUCAAACCCAGAACCUUGUCCAAAAGGAAGCUAUAGAGAUGAGUUAAAUGGAGAAUCAGAGGAUAGUUGCAAGCCUUGUACUGCUGGAUAUAAAUGUGAAAAAGAUGGUACAGUUAAUCCAGUUAGUUGUGGUUUGGGAAGUUAUUCUGACAGAUAUGCUACUAAUUGUUCUGUAUGCAAGAAAGGGUACUAUUGUAUUCUCGUCAGUACAAGCUAUGAAGUAAUGAGUACUAAAUUUAUUUGCCCAGCUGGAAUGCAUUGUCCAGAAGGCUUAUCUUGGCAACCUUACCCAGCUGUCAACCCUUGUAAGGAAGGUUACUACUGCUUAAAAGGAAAUGAGGAUCCUGAUCCUAGGCCAUGUCCUAUUGGAACAUUUAACACGUUUACAAAUUUAAAACAUGAAAAAGAUUGCCAGCAGUGUCCAGCUGGGUAUUACUGCGAACCAUCUGGUUUAAGCAAUCCUGCUGGAGAAUGUCCACCUGGUUAUUUUUGUCCACUUGGAACUGGAUUUAAGUAUUUGAAUCCUUGUCCUGUUGGAUUUUAUCGAAAUGCAUCUGCUGCAAGAUCUAGUAUGGAUUGUAGUGUUUGCAUUGCAGGAAUGUAUUGUGAUGAACCAGGUUUACCUUUUCCAAAAGACUGUCCACAGGGUUCAUUUUGUCCAACUGGGUCUACAAUUCCUCAACCAUGCCCAUCUGGUUAUUAUGGAAACAGUACACAUUUAAGAAGAUCAAAAGACUGCACUGCAUGUGAAGCUGGUAUGUAUUGCGCUGGUGUCGGCAAGACAGCGCCAACAGGAGAAUGUGAUGCUGGUUUUUUUUGCAAAGGAGCUGCAUUUACGUCGGCACCCUCUGGAGGUAUUACUGGUGGUCUAUGUCCUAAAGGAGGUUAUUGUUCUCGUGGAGCAAAAAAAGCAAGUCCAUGUCCUAUAGGGAAAUAUAACAGUGACGAAGGUGCAAAAUCACCUGCGGAUUGUCUGGAUUGCAAAGCAGGGUUUUAUUGUGCUGGUACAUUUAAUGAUGGACCUACUGGACCUUGUGAUCCUGGUUACUAUUGUAAUGGUAAUGCAACCGGACCUAAUCAGCAUAAAACUCCAGAAGGACAUUAUAGCGAGAAGCAAGCGUCAUUUCCGAUUCCAUGUCCACUUGGUUUUUUCCAAUCAUCUCCUACAAUGUCUAAAUGUGAUAAAUGUACAAAAGGAUCAUACUGUAACAAGACUGGACUUGCUAUCCCAAACAGUUGUUUAAAAGGACAUUAUUGUCCAGAAGGAACAUCAGUUCCUAUACCCUGCCCUGCUGGAACCUACAAUGAUGUCAUAUCAAAAGGAGCCAUUGAAGAUUGCAAAAGUUGUUUGCCAGGCAAAUUUUGUUUUGGUACAGGUUUGGUGGAAGUUUCUGGUAAAUGUAGAGAAGGUUAUUAUUGUCAAUCUAAAUCUCCAGUUUCAAAUCCGGGAAACUUUACAAAUGGAGUGUAUCAAGAUAUGGACUAUGGUGGAAUUUGUCGUAAAGGACAUUACUGUUUAGAAGGAACAUCAUAUCCAACACAAUAUCAAUGCAAACCAGGAACUUACAAUCCAUUAUAUGGUGCAACCAAUGAAUCAUUCUGUUUAGAAUGUAUUCCUGGGCAGUAUUGCUUAACUGCAGGUCUAGAGAAACCUACAGGUAAUUGUUCAGCUGGAUAUUAUUGUAAAAAAGGUUCACAAACACCUGAGCCAAAAGAUGAUAAACAAGGUAAUAUAUGUCCAAUUGGAAGUUUUUGUUCUGUUGGAUCGUCUGAGCCAAAAAUAUGUCCAGAGGGAUCGUACAGCAAUGGAACUGGCUUUUCAGAGUGUGUAAAAUGUCCAGCACGUUAUUAUUGUGAUGAUGGGAAAAAACUAUUUGACUGUCCUAAUGGAUUCUACUGUGAAGAAGGUACAUCCUUUUUGAAAAAGAAACCAUGUCCAUAUGGAACUUUUGGUUCAAAAGGUGGUUUAGCAAGCCUUAGUGAAUGUACACCUUGUCCUCCUGGAAAAUUUUGUGCUGGUUUGGCCAUAACUAUAUUUCCUACAACAAAUAUUUCUGGAUUUUGUGAAGCUGGGUAUUACUGUUUAGAAGGCAUAUCUAUAAGUAAACCUUCACCACCAUUAUCUUCAGGAAGGGGUGGUCUCUGUCCUACUGGGUAUUUCUGCCCAGAAGGUACAGGUGAUUAUAAAGCAACACCAUGUCCAGCAGGAACAUAUUCAAAUAUAGAAGGUCUUAAAAGAUCUGAUGAGUGUAAGCCAUGCAGUCCAGGAGAAUACUGUGAAGGCGGUCAAAGCACAACAUCAGGAUUAUGUGAUGCAGGGUACUACUGUAAAAGAGGUGCUUCAGCUCGAAACAAUUCAAAAGAAGAUGAAACUAGUGGACCUUGUCCUAUUGCUCAUUUUUGUCCAGUUGGUACUUCUGAGCCUCAAUUUUGUAAACCAGGUACUUACAUGCCCCAGAAAGGAGCAGAAAAAUGCUGGUCUUGUCCAGCUGGGUAUUUUUGUCCGUCAAAUCAAUCUGAUUAUCUUUCAUUUCCCUGUCCUUUUGGUAGUUUUUGUCCAAAUGGGACACAAUAUGCCACGCAAUAUAGAUGUCCAGCUGGUACUUUUGGCAACAUGACUAGGUCUGUAAGUGUAGAAGAUUGCACACCUUGUCCCGGUGGGUUUUAUUGUGAAGGAGAGGGACUAACUAAACCUACAGGUUUAUGUUCUGGUGGCUAUUUUUGUUUAUUAGGAGCAAAAACAUCAAAACCAAAUUAUGAAUAUUCUAAUUGUUCAUUAUUGGGCUGCACAUGUUCCACUAAUGUUACAGGUGGAGUAUGCCCUUCAGGAUUUUUCUGUCCUUCUGGCAUUGACACACCUCUUGCAUGUCCUGGUGGAUUUUACUGCGAGACAAAGGGGUUAUUAAAUUACACAGGCCAAUGUGAUGAGGGUUAUUUUUGCAGGCAGGGAUCUUGGACAAGAAGACCAACUAAUGAAGAAUUUGGUGAUAUAUGUCCUGCUGGUUUUUAUUGUCCUAAACAAACUCAGUUUCCAAGACCUUGUCCACCAGGAAAAUAUUUGAAUACAAGAGGUAAUACAAAGGAAGAGGAUUGCAUCUCUUGUAAUGCUGGAUAUUAUUGUGAAGGAUUUAACAAUACAUCUGUAACAGGUCCUUGUAGUGAAGGAUAUUAUUGUCCGGCAGGGCAAUCUAGCUCUAAGCCAGUUGACUUUGCUUGUCCAGCUGGAUAUUUUUGCAAAGAAGGAUCUAUUUCUCCUGAAUUAUGUGAAGCUGGUAAAUGGAAUCCAAUUUUGCGUCAAUUUACCUGCAGACUUUGCCCAGAACGCUACUAUUGUGAAUUACAAAACUCAUUAUCACCACUUACUGAUUAUUCUAAAUACCCAUGUCCUGAAGGAUAUUUUUGUCCCAAUGGAACAAAAUAUUCAAAGCAGUUUGGAUGUCCCCCUGGUACGUUCAGUAAUAAAACAAAAUUGGCCAGUAGUGAUGAAUGUAUUAAAUGCCCAGCUGGAAAGUAUUGCUUGGGUUCGUCGUCAACUUUUUCUGGUUAUUGUGACCCUGGUUAUUAUUGCAUUGAAGGAUCAAAAGGUCCUAAACCUACUAAUGAAACAGGAAUAAUUUGCCCACAAGGCAAAUUUUGUUUAAAGGGUACUGAAAUUCCUUUUGAUUGUCCAAUUGGCACAUUUAAUAAUGGGUCAGGGCUUCAAAGAUCUGAUCAAUGUACAAAUUGUAGUUGCGGUAUGUAUUGUUCAAUGCCUGGUCUUACUGCACCAACAGGCAUCUGUGAUUCAAGAUACUUUUGCAAAUCUAGAGCUGAAGAUUCUAAAGGAAGUAAUGGAACUGGUGGAGAAUGUAUUCUUGGUCAUUAUUGUCCUCCAAAAUCAUGUGAACCACUUCCUUGUAAAGAUGGUAGUUAUAUGAGUGAUCGAUUGGCAGAGUCAUGUUUGCCAUGCCCAUCUGGUUUCUAUUGUGUUGGAGAUCAUAUAAAUCCAAGACUAUGUCCAAGUGGAUUUUAUUGUGAAGAAAAUACUGGUUUUAACUGGAAGCCUUGUCCCCCUGGUACUUUCAGUAACAAGGAGGGCCUGCAUAAUAGUUCUUCAUGUGAACCAUGUCCAAAUGGUAUGUAUUGCCCAUAUUUUAAUGCAACAGCUCCUGAAGGCCCAUGUUCAGCUGGGUAUUUUUGUAAGGUUGGAUCUCCAAGUAAAGCUCCUCUUUUAAAUUAUCCACCCACAUAUGGCCCAUGCCCAGCAGGAAGUUACUGUCCAAUGAAUACAACUAACCCUAUUCCAUGUCCAAGAGGUCGUUAUAGCAACUAUACACAUCUUAAAACAUUUGAAGAUUGUUCUCUUUGUGAUCCAGGGUAUUAUUGUGAAGGGGGUCAAAGCCAUGUUUCAGGUGAAUGUUGGGAAGGAUUUUACUGUAAGCUAGGAUCAAAAUUUCCCAAUCCACCUGAAAUAACAGAGUUAAGUGGGCCAUGUCCUAUUGGCACUUUUUGUCCUAAUGGGACAUCGUACCCUCUUGGUUGUCCAAGAGGAACAUUCAAUGAUCGAAGAGGACAAAGUAAAUGUGAGGAGUGUUGUAAAGGUUACUUUUGUUUGGAAAAUUCUACUAAGUGUGAACAUCUUUGCCCUAAAGGUCAUUACUGUCCAGGUAAUACCAAAAAUCCUGAAGAUUACCCAUGUCCAAUUGGAACAUACAAUAAUGCAACCGGAAAAUCGAGCAUUGAUGACUGUAUACUAUGUGAUCCUGGAAAAUAUUGCCCUCAUAGUGGUGCAGAAAAACCAUUUGGGUCUUGCUCUAGUGGUUGGUACUGUAGCCGAGGUGCAUGGUCACCAAAACCCAUGGACUUUAUAAAUAAUACCGAUCAGUGUUUUCAGUUAAAUAUUAGCACUGGUGGAAUGUGUAAAAUAGGGGAGUUUUGUGCCGCAGGCUCAUCUAAACCUACAGUUUGUCCACCUGGAAAGUACUGUGAAGAAGAUGAAUUAUCUAACUACACUGGUCUAUGCAAUCCUGGUUAUUACUGUAUACUUGGUGCAAAGUCUAAAGAACCUCUUGAUGGUGUUACAGGGAAUAUCUGUCCUCAAGGUAAAUACUGUCCUAUUGGGUCUUCAUCUCCUACAAAUUGUCCUUAUGGCACUUUUUCAAAUUCAACCGGAAAUAAAGGAGUUCAAGACUGUCUUUCCUGCACAUCUGGAUGGUUUUGCGGAAGCCAAGGUCUAAUUGAACCAAGUGGAAAAUGUUCUGAAGGGUUUUAUUGCCCUGGUGGCCAAAAUACUAGUAGACCUUCUGAAUAUAGAUGUAUGCCAGGUCAUCAUUGCCCAAUUGGCUCGUCUAAUCCACAUGCUUGCUUUUCUGGUAGUUAUCAGAAUGAGUUUGAGCAAUCUGCAUGUAAAGAGUGUUUAGCUGGGUUUUACUGUGAUGGUUUUGUGUUAAAUGAUACAGAGUGUUUGUAUGGUGUUCAAUAUCCUAAGUCUUGUCCAAAUGGCUAUUACUGCUUGAAUGGAUCAAUAACAGGAAGGGAAAAUGCAUGUCCUGAAGGCACAUACAAUAAUCGAACAGGCCUUAGACUUGAAAGUGAAUGUGAGGAUUGUCCUGCUGGAAAAUUUUGUAGUGGUACUGGUAAAUCAUCAUGGAGUGGAGAUUGUUCUGCUGGUUAUUUAUGUAUAGGAAAAGCUACUAUUAAUAAACCAGUUGAUGGAGUUACUGGUGUAAUUUGUUCUAAAGGUUUUUACUGUGAAGAAGGUGCACCAACAAUGAAAGCUUGUCCUCCAGGAAAGUAUAACCCUUUUGAAGGACGUCAGAGUGCAAAUGAAUGUUUACCCUGUGACCUUGGGAAAUUUUGCAGUGAUUAUAAUAUGAGUACUACUUCUGGAAAUUGUAGUGACGGGUAUCUUUGCAAAGGAGGUAGUUCCUCACCAAAACCAACUGAUACAAUAACAGGUAACCCAUGUCCAGCUGGAUCUUUUUGUCAAUAUGGUUUGCUAUUUCCCUGUCCCCCAGGAACAUAUAUGAAUGAAACACAUGCUAAAGAGUGUUAUGAAUGUCCUCCUGGAAGUUUUUGUGUAAAUAGGUUUAUACCAGAACCAUGUCCUCCAGGUUUUUAUUGUGAAAAACAAACUGGCUAUAAUAAAAAACCAUGUCCUAUUGGUACAUACAGCAAAAAUGUUGGACUUUCAUCAAUCACAGAAUGUACACAGUGUAAUCCUGGUUAUUACUGUUCAGAUAUUAAUUCAACUAGUCCAACUGGGUUAUGUCAAGCAGGUUUUUUUUGUUCAAAUGGAUCAGAUUCAGCUACUCCAUCUGGAGAAAAGGGAGUUGCUGGUUUAUGUCCUGCUGGUUCUUAUUGUCCAUACGGUAGUAUUUAUCCUAUUAAAUGUCCGAUUGGAACAUUUAAUCCUCAUAAUUAUGGAAAAAAUUUAAGUGACUGUCGCCUGUGUACUGGUGGGCAGUUUUGUAAUGGUACUGGAUUGUUAAAUCCAUCUGGUGAAUGUGAUGCAGGUUACUUUUGUGAGCAAGGUUCAAUUAUGAAAAAUCCAUCUAUUACAAAUGUGGGUUAUGGUUUGUGCCCAGCAGGUUAUUACUGUCCUCAAGGAACUGUAAGACCUCUUAAGUGUGCACCUGGUACUUACAAUAAUAUUACUGGUCAGGCAUCUUGUUUUACAUGUCCAGCUGGGUUUUUUUGUUUGGGAAAUGAAAAGUAUGAGGAAUGCCCUAAAGGUCAUUUUUGUCCAGAGAAUUUAACAUAUGGUGAGCAAUAUCCAUGUCCUGAGGGAACAUUUAAAAAUGUUACAAGAGGUCACAGUAUUGAUGACUGCAAGAUGUGCACCCCAGGAAUGUUUUGUAGGGGAACUGGUCUUAUAGAGCCAUCUGGUUUUUGUUCAGGUGGUUUUUAUUGUCUUAGUGGAUCUUGGACUGAUAAACCAUUUGGAAAUGAAACUUUUAAUUCUUCAUUGAGCUGCAAAUUAGGCAGUAUUGGAGGUUUAUGUAAAAAAGGAACUUAUUGUCCUAUUGGCUCAAGUAAACCUAUUUCUUGUGAUCCUGGGUACUACUGUGAUCAAGAUGGCUUAUCCAUUAUGUCAAACAUUUGUUCGUCUGGCUACUACUGCUCAGGAGGCUCAACUGAAGCGCGUCCUUUCCAAAAAGUGUAUGGAGAUAUAUGUCCACCUGGAUAUUUUUGUGAAGCAAAAAGUGCAGCACCUUUAAUGUGUGAUAAAGGUUUUUUUGCACCUGGUUAUGGAAAUAAAAAUGUAUCUGAUUGCAUUAUUUGUUCUGCUGGAAUGUAUUGUGACAAAAUGGGGCUAGACAAACCUAGUGGAAAUUGUUCAAAAGGUUAUUACUGUCCAUCAGGAUCAGUUACAUCAACAGAAAAAAUUUGUGAACCUGGAUAUUUCUGUCCAGAACAGAGCAAAAAACCAAUUCCAUGUCAUCCUGGUUACUAUCAAUCAAAUAAUGGAAGCGAAAUUUGCGAAGAAUGUCCUUCAGGUUUUUAUUGUCUUCCUGAAGAUCUCAGUAAAAUAAAUAAUACCAGAGGAGCUGUAAAGCCAAAUGUUUGUCCUAAAAGAUUUUUUUGUCCAAAGAAAACCGGGUUUUAUAACAAUUAUCCAUGCCAAAUUGGCUUUUUUGGAAAUGAAUCUGGUUUAUUUACAGCCAGUCAAUGUCAUGCAUGUACUUCUGGGUUUUUUUGUGAUAAAGAAGCACAAGAUAGUCCAACAGGUAUAUGUCAUUCAGGAUUUUACUGCACUCUUGGAGCAAUAACACCUGAACCAAGAAACAUAUCUGAAGGGGGUGGGCCAUGUAGGCAAGGUUUUUAUUGUGAACCAGGAGAGCAAGAAAAACCAUGUCCUAAAGGGACAUAUGGUAAUAGAACGCAAUUAAAAAGCAAAGAGGAGUGCGUUAGUUGUGAUUUAGGCAAGUUUUGUAAUGAAAUUGGAUUAUCAAGCCCAUCUGGUGAAUGUGCAGAAGGAUAUUUCUGCACUGGAGGUGCUAUAGAGUCAGCUCCAUUAAGUAAACCUUACGGUGAUAUUUGUCCAGCAGGACAUUUUUGCCCAUCAGGAACAUUUCAGCCUCAAGCUUGUCCUCCUGGAUCUUUUAAUAAUAACACAAAAAGUUCAAAAAUUGAUGAUUGUAUGCCAUGUAGUAGUGGACAAUAUUGCCUUGGACCUAAAAAUAUACAACCAACUGGUAAAUGUGAGGAGGGGUAUUACUGUAUUCGUGGAGCAUAUACACCAACUCCAACAUGGUAUUCAAAUAUAACAUUAAAUAUUUCAGAUCUGUUUAGAUGUCCCAUUUAUUCUUUAAAUUUUACUGGUGGGAUAUGUCCAUUAGGUACUUAUUGCCCUGCUGGUUCUGAUUAUCCAAUAUUAUGUGAUCCUGGAAUGUAUUGUGCUAAGGAAAAGUUAGGUAAAGUAUCAGGAUAUUGUAGGGAAGGCUACUUUUGUGAUUUCAAAUCUACUUCAUCUGAAUCAGCAGAAUGUCGCAAAGGUAGAUAUUGCCCCCAAGGAUCUCCUGUUGAAAUUGAAUGCCCAGCUGGUACUUUUAACCAAUAUACAAGGCAGUUUAAACAAGAUCAUUGUCAAAACUGUACUCCAGGUUUUUAUUGUCCUGAGAAGGGAUUAUGGAAUGCAACCUUGAAAUGCGCACCUGGUUUUUAUUGCCCUUUGGGGUCUACAAGAAAAGAUUCUUAUGAAUGUGAGGUGGGUUCGUUUUGUCCGGAAGGUGCUGGAAAACCUACUCCAUGCCCCUCAGGAUUUUACCAAAAUAGAACUGGUCAAAAAGAAUGUAUUGAGUGCCCAGAAGGAUACUCAUGUGAUCCCAUUUCACAAAAAGUUCAUGGUGUAGUAAUACCUGAGCCUUGUAUUCCAGGUCAUUUUUGUCCAAAAGGCACUUUAAAAAUAAAUCAAAAUCCAUGCCCUAGUGGUACUUAUAGUAAUACAACUGGUAAUUCACAAUUGAAUGAUUGUAAGAAGUGUGACCCAGGUUAUUAUUGUAGUGGUCAAGGAAAUAUUUUUGUUACACAAAAAUGUGAUGCAGGCUUUGUGUGUUUUUUGGGAUCAAAUACCUCUCAGCCAAUUGAUGGUAUUAUGGGUAAUUUGUGUCCCAUGGGCAAGUAUUGUAUAGCUGGUUCAAGCCAAGGUGUAGAUUGUCCUGCAGGAACAUUUGGCAGUUCAGUAGGAUUAAAUAAUGAGUCAAAUUGCACACCCUGUCCUGAAGGCUGGUAUUGCCCCACACCUGGAUUACCAAAUGCAUAUAAAAAAUGCAGUGCAGGUCAUUGGUGUAUUGAGCGUUCAAUUGAAUCCAGCCCUAAUAAUCAAACAUAUGGAGUUUUAUGCCCUAAAGGUUAUUUCUGUCCUGAAGGAAUUCCAAUAGCAUGCCCUAAUGGAACUUAUCAGCCAGUCGAUGGCAGAAAGAAUCGUGAUGAUUGUAAAGAUUGUGAUCCUGGUUAUUAUUGUGGUACUACUGCUCUAUACAAUAUGUCUGGAAAGUGUAACGCUGGUUUUUAUUGCAUUGGUGGUGCAACUAAACCCAACCCUAAUGACGGUUUUACUGGUAACAUCUGUCCAGCAGGUUCAUUUUGUGAAGAAGGCUCAAAAUGGUACUCGCCAUGUAAAAAUGGAACUUUUACUAAUUUUACAGCCUCAGCAUUAUGUGAAGUUUGUCCUGAAGGUUAUAUGUGUACUGGUCAAGUUGCUCCAGACCUCUGUGAACAAGGAUAUUAUUGUUUGAAAGGUACUGGUUAUAACAAGAUGCCCUGUCCUGAAGGAACUUAUGGAUCUCAAAAAGGUCUUAUUAGCAUAGCUCAGUGUACACCCUGUACUGCAGGCUCAUAUUGUGAAGGAAUUGGGUUACCAAGACCUACUGGUUUUUGUGAUCCAGGCUAUUGGUGUCAAAGUGGUGUUAAUAAAAAAAAUCCAAAAUAUGGUAAUCAUACUGGAAUUGGGGGAGAGUGUUUUCUUGGACAUGAAUGCAAAGGAAAUACUUCAUUCCCUUCACCUUGUCCUUCUGGAACAUUUGGAAAUAUGCUUAGAACAAUAUCUUGUGAAAUAUGUCCUGAUGGAAAAUAUUGCAAUGGAAGUACUAUAACUCCAUAUGAUUGUCCUAUGGGUCAUUAUUGCAUGAUUGGUACUCAGUAUAGUACACAAUAUAAAUGCCCUCCUGGUACUUUUAAUAACAAUACAGGAUCAACAAGCAUUAAUGCUUGCUUGCUUUGCCCACCAGGGCAGUAUUGUCAAGGUUAUGGUCGUAUUGUUCCUAAUGGUUGGUGUUCAGGUGGUUACUUUUGCAAAGGUGGAGCAAUGUCAGCCAAUCCUGGAGAUUUAGGCACCAGUAUUAAUAAAAGUUCUUCAUGUUUUGAGUCACAAUCAUGUGUUUGUCCAGAUAUAAAUCUUUCGAAAGGUAAUAUAUGCCCAGCUGGUUAUUUUUGUCCUAUUGGUACUUCAAUCCCUAUUAUAUGUACUAGAGGAAUGUACUGUGAAAGCGAAGGACUUGCAUAUCCCACUAACAAUUGCUCUGCUGGAUUUUACUGCAUUGAAGGUUCAGUUUCUUCCCAUCAAUUUGAAUGCCCUGUUGGUCAUUAUUGUGAAACUGGUACAAAAUGGCCUAUCCCUUGUGAAGCAGGAAGUUAUUCAAACAAUACCCAAAACAAAAAAAGUAGUGAUUGUCAGAGAUGCACACCUGGCUUUUAUUGUGAUAAUUCGAGACAUGAUAAGCCUGCAGGUCAAUGCGCACCAAGAUAUUACUGUCCUGGUGGUCAGUCUUCUCCUACUCCUGUUGGGUAUGAAUGCUUGGCUGGUCAUUAUUGUCCCCAAGGAUCUGAAUCUCCAGUACCGUGUUUGAAUGGUACGUAUCAAAAUCAAAGUGCCCAAGAUAGUUGUUUACCAUGUCCUGAAGGUUUUUAUUGUAAUCAUGAAGAUAAUGCAGCCGCAUCGCCUAUGUUGUGUCCAGCAGGUCAUUUUUGUCCACGUAACACAAAAUACAAAUAUGAUUUUCCGUGUCCAAAAGGAACUUUCAGUUCCAACAAAGGUAAUGCAAGAAUUGAACAGUGUUUGGCAUGUAUUGGAGGAAACUAUUGUGCUUUUCCUGGCAUCUCCACUCCAACUGGUCAAUGCAAAGAAGGGUUCUACUGUUAUACUGGUUCUCAAGAAGCUCAACCAAUAAACCAUAUACUAGCAACUGACUGGAAUUUCAAUUUUUAUAAUGAUAUUUGUCCUAAAGGUUAUUUCUGUCCAAAUGGUACAUCCACUCCUACGCCCUGUCCUCGUGGAUAUUUUUCUGGAGAUGUUGGACUAAAGAAACUUGAUGAAUGUCAACCUUGUCCAGCUGGUAAAUACUGCAAUGGUACAGGAAUAGAAGCCUUAAUAAACCCACCUAAUUGCUCAGUAGGAUUUGUUUGUGUGCAAGGAUCUGAUUCUCCUACUCCAACUGGUAGUGAUAAUCUAAGAGGAUAUCCAUGCCGACCUGGAUUUUAUUGUCCAGAAGGUACAUAUAAAGAACUAAGCUGUCCACCUGGCACUUUUCAGCCAUUACCACAGCAAGGAAGUUGUCUUGCUUGUAUAGCAGGUUCUAUGUGUUUAGAUUACAAUAUGACAAAACCCAUCAGUUGUCAGCCAGGCUAUUAUUGCCCUGGUGGAAAACCUUUGAUAUGCCCUGCUGGAACCUAUAGUGGGAAACUAGGUUUGCUUUCAGUAGACGAUUGUACUGAUUGUCCAGCAGGAGAAUAUUGUUUGGGUGGUCAAUCAAAACCUGAUGGAAAAUGUAGUGCUGGUUUUAUAUGUGGUGGAGGAUCUGAUAGUUCUGUUCCAGAUGCAAGUAACUCAAAGUUCCCUAAAAAUGGACCAUGUCCUAUAGGAAAGUUUUGUAAAGCUGGAACUCAUUUUUCUGAGGACUGCCCAGCAGGAUAUUUUAGAAAUACUACAGGUGGAACUGAUGUAAAUGAUUGUUUUUCAUGUACACCUGGUUGGUAUUGUGAAAAGAGUGGUCUUGGUGAGCCAACUGGAAAAUGUGAUGCUGGCUGGUAUUGUCCGGAAGGUCAGCAAAAAGCUCAGCCCAGUGGUAAUGAAUGUAAGUCUGGAUAUUAUUGUCCAAAAGGGUCAGCUGCCCCUCUAGAUUGUGAAACAGGCACUUAUCAACUUGAAUCAAAAAAGUCUGUUUGUCAUGUGUGUCCACCUGGUUAUUAUUGUGUGAAUGCUACAUCAAAACUUCAAAAAUGUGAUGCUCAUUACUAUUGUCCUGAAAAAACUAAAGUACCUAUAUUAUGUCCAAAUGGUACGUAUAGUUAUGAUAAUGAGACUGGUCUAGAAAGAGAUACAGAUUGUCGUCCAUGUAUUGCUGGUCACUUUUGCAUAAUGGGGACUGUAAGGGAAAAAUGUGCAGCAGGGUACUUAUGUCAAUCAGGAAGUCCAUCUCCAACACCUAAAGUUCCUCUGUCAGGGCCUAACACAAAAGCUGGUCCAUGUCCUCCUGGUUAUUUUUGUUCUUAUGGAGCAAUAUUUCCAGAGCCCUGCCCUGAAGGUACAUUUAAACCUGAUUACGGAGGAUAUGGAAAUAAGUCUGAUUGUUGGCCAUGUCCUGCUGGUAAACAAUGUUUUGGAGGAAAUUCAACUAUUCUCCAAUGCCCUCUGGGUAAAUAUUGUGAAGAAGGGCAACCUCCAACCAAUUGUCCAAUAAACUAUUAUCAAAAUAAAUUUGGAAGUAAAGCACUGCAAGAUUGCUUACCAUGUCCAGCAGGUUACUAUUGCAAUAUUUCUGGUAUGUCUGAUUAUUCAUAUAGUGAAUGUCCUAUUGGAUUUUACUGCUUAGAAGGUCAGGGCCCUCAAUAUUGUCCACCAGGAACUAGGAGACUUAUACCUGGUGCAAGGAAUGGUUCAGAUUGCUCACCAUGCCCAGCUAAGUUCUACUGUCCAUUUAAAUCUGAAAAUAUUUAUGGAACUCCAUGUACUUCUGGUUUCUUUUGUAAAAUUGGAUCAGAAAUUCCAAUAAAAUGUAUUGAGGGAUAUUAUUGUCCUGAGUUGACUGGAGAUCCUAUUCUUUGUCCAGGUGGUUUUUAUUGUUCUAAUGGAACAGACACUCCUAAAAUCUGUGAGUUUCCUUAUUACUGCCCUCCAGGUAGUUCUUCUCCCCAAAUAUGUAACUUAGGUUAUAAAGCUUUAGCAAUAUCUGGCAAUCGUACAUCUCAUGAUAUUGCUUGCAUGAUAUGUCCUGCUGGUUUUUAUGGCAAUGAAAUUUCUAGACUAAGUUGUUUGGAAUGUCCUGAAGGUUAUAUAUGUCCUCAAGGAACUGAAGAUCCUAAAAAGCAUGUUUGUCCUAAAGGUUUUUACUGUCCGAAGGCUUCUGCUGAAGGGAUACCAUGUCAACCAGGUAUGUAUGGAAAUCAUACAAAAGCAAGUAAAUCAAGUGACUGCUUGCCAUGUCCAGUAAAUACAUUUAACAAUCUUAAAGGAAUGGAGGCCUGUCGUCCAUGCGGUAGUAGCUCAACAAGCAUAGAAGGUCAGUUAAAGUGUACAUGUAAAGGACUUCAUCGUUCAUUUCAAGUUUCAGAUGGUUCUUGUGUAUGCGAAAGUGGAUAUGUUUAUUAUGAUGUCACUAACAUCAAGUUGGUUGAAGGAAACAGUGAUAAAUCUUGUCAGAAAUUGGUUGCUGAUCGAUGUCAAGCUGGAAUGCUAAGAGAUUCAAAUACAUUGCAAUGUGUUGAUAUAAACUUAAUAAGCUCAGAUUACUGCGUUCCAUUGUGCGGACCUGAUGGUGGAUAUUUUAAUGUAACAGAUGGAAGAUGUUCAUGUAAAAGUUAUGUUAUGUUGAACCAAGUUUGUAAUUCUUCAUGUCUUGCAGUAUCUCCAGUUGUCAGUAUCCAACGUCAAAUAUCAGGUGUUCUUUAUAUGACUGUUAGUAAUUCUGGAAAUUCUACAUCAAUUCCUAUUUUCAAUGAGUAUGGUAUAAAUGAUUUUGAUUAUGUUCUAAGAAAAGUUGAAUUUGCAGAAUUUCAAAAUGAAGGAAAUUUUGGUUUUUUACCAACCACUACUGAAGAAGUAUUAAGUUUUGUGCAAGACAUUUCAUUAAACAAGAGUGUUUCUAGAAUAAGGCGGAGUUUGGAUGAUUUUUCUGCUCAGCAAAGUAUAAGAUCUCCAGUUAUAUGUGUUAAUGUUGGUCAAGUAGUCUUUUUUAAAAUAAAUAUUAACCACCUAAACAGAUCAUCAAGCAAUUACCCACAAUAUAAUAAAAACCACCUUUUUAAUACAAAUCCUAGCUUUGACUAUGGGCAGUUUCGACAACUAAAUAUGCUUAUUCAGGCCACCAGCCUAAAUAUAAAUUCAUUUUUAAAUGUUUUUUCUGAACCUGGGACUUACGUGUUUUAUGAUAAUGCAGAAAACAGAAGAGAGACUAUUGUUUAUGUUCCGGAUAGAGGAAGCUAUUGUCCUGUGAGAAUUGAGGCAUCAACACCCUUAGUUUUAACAAAGUUUGGAAUUGGUGUGAAAAUGUCAUUAAAUGAAUCUCCAAACUGGGAAUCAAUAUGGAUUAUUAUUGGUCUCAUAUUAAUAAUUGUGUUUGUUUUUGUUAUACUUGCUAUAUUAUGGAGACCAAGAGCUAUGGGUAUUGUUCCAAUAUCAUUUCUUCGGUCAAAAUAUAAAUCACUUGGUGCACCUUUGCUUGUAGUUCCAUUACCAGGUGUUAAUGAUGCACCUGAUGGAUACUCAGCUGACACUCCUCAUGUUUUAUAUGAUGAAUAUACUCUUCCUAUUCAAAGUGGAAUUUUGGAAAAUUUUAAUGUUCGCACUCUCUAUGAUAAACUAGAGGAUCAAACUUUACACAUUUCUUCUCAAAUAGCCAAUCAUCAAUCUAAUUUGCAAGGAUUUUAUGAUAGAAUUUGUCAACAAACUGAAGGGCUAAAAAAAAUGUUAGAUAAUAUUGAUGGCUCUGUUGUAACAAUGGGUAAAGAAAAUAAACUUGAAGAAACAGGACAGUUUAAAGAACACGACUCUUCAAAAUAUACACAAAGUGUUGCAACACGACAGGCAGAACUAAUUAAAUCUUUACAAGCUCUACUCGAUAAGUAUAAUGGCAAUAUAAGACCAACUUCUGGUAGCUAUGGGAGCUGGAGCAGAGUUACAAACGAAAAAGAUAUCUCUUUACCAGUGCAUGCAACCCCAAUGCUAUAUCAAAACCAAUCUGUUGAUUUUCCAACUUAUCAAAAUGCUGAUAUUGAUAGCUUUGAUUUCUCAUCCAAUAAUAACAUGAAAGAAAAAUUUACUGGAGCAUUAUCUUGGUCAGGAGGACUGUUAAAUGAUCCUUUAAUGAUAAAUGCCAAUAAGUUAAACAAAGAUGGAUCGCCGAUGACAUUUUCUGUUGGAGACUAUAACAAUCUCAUAAAUACAAUUAUGGCUGAAAAGAUGAUUUUAGAAAAUGCAUUGCAAGAAGAAGAAAAUAAAAUAAUGAAUGAUUUUAUUGAAAAUAAAAAUGAAGAACGAAAAAAUAUCAUGCAAAAGAUGGCUAUGCGGUUAGCUCAACAGUUGGCUGGUGUUAUCUCUCCAUAUGAAAUGCAAGCUAUUGUAGACAAGCAUAAUGAAGAAUUAUUGUUAUUUGAAGAAAGAUUUAAUAGUGAUAAAGAAAAACAAAAAGAGAUUUUGUUGAAUGAUUUGAAAGAAAACAGAGGCAAAAAGUUAAAUGCUUUACAAUGGAAUCAUCAGCAAUUAGCUUUGCAACACAACAUUAAACUUGCUGAUAUUGAUAUGUCGCCUGAUAUUGGAGUAAAUCUAGCCAUACAACAGAGUACACUUGAAAUAGCUGCGUUAAACAAUUCUGAAAUGAGUUCAAGUGCAGAAGCAAGCCACGAGACAGCAGAAAGUCAAGAAUAUGCAAGUCAAAUGAGCAAGAGUUUUAUAAAACAAAUGGAUGGUUUAAUUUCCAAUAAAUAUCUUUUUGCUGAUGAAGCACAAGACUUGAUUGAUCAAGAGAAUGCAAUUAAUGCUAAACUUUUAAAAGACAUGGAAUUGCAGAAAGCUAGUCAGUUAGCAACAUUUAAUGAAAAACUUUUUAAAAGAAAGCAAGCCAAGUUAAAAGAAUUGCAAGAUAAAAAUGAAAGUGAACGAGCUCAGGCAGUUAAAGAAGGGAAAGAUUUAGAUGCACUUGCUAAAAAACACGAUUUAGAAAGAGAAGUUCUUGAGAGUAAAUUUGCAACAGAGCAAUCUGAGCAAACUGCUGAGAUAUGCAAAAAAUUGAACAGUGAAUGUAAAAUUGCAAUACGUAAAGGUCGUCAGAAUCUAUUAAAUCAACUAGCAAAUAACAAAGGCAUGGAUGAAAAAACUGCUCAAGCACUGAUGGACCAGCUGAGAUCUGAUAAUGGUGACAUAAUGGAUAAUUUAGAAAAAUUAAAACAAAAAAAUAUUGAGGAUGUGCAGGCAAAGAUAAAUGCUCGUAAACAGCGACGCUUUCAAGAAGUUAAACGUAAUCAAGAAGUUGAAACCUCUCAUAGAUUGCUUUCAGAGCAAAAUAUUCUUGCAUCUCAAAGUUAUCCUUUGAUGGAAGGCGGAAUAAAUUUUGCAAAUGUUAAUCAAGAAGAAUCUGAAGAGCAAAAAGCACUGUUAAAAGAGCAACAGCGUAUGUUAGAUGAAAUUCAAGAGAGACACCAAGAAGAAGUAGAAUCAAUGGAAAAUCGUUUAAUUCAAGAACAAAAAGAAGCCGAAGUGAAUGCAAUAAUAGAGUUCGAAGAUUAUCAAGAACGUGUGAUACGUGAAGCAAAGAAUAAACAAGCAGCAGAAGUGAAUGCAAGAAGUAAUCUUUCCUCAGAAGAAAUGCAACAGCUUUUUGCAGCUCACAAUCAGCAAAUGGAGAAUCUUUUGCAAGCACUUCAAGAAGAUAAAACUAAGCAAAGUCAAUCUUUACAUGAAAAAUUAGAAGAGAAAAGAAAAGCUAGACUCAAUGCUUUAAGAAAGAAACAGGAAAAUCAGCUGGCAAGAGAGUUGCUGGAACAAAAAAAAGAGUUAGCUGACACAGAACGAAAAGCAGUCAUUGAUGCUGAGCGUCAGGCAAUAUUGGAUGCAAUUAGAGAUAUUGGAAAUGGUUCAAUUGAAAGUAUUAUUAAAAAGAUCUUAGAUUUUCGACAUGCUAAAGAAAUGAUGCAGCUAGAUGCAUUAUUUGCUGAAGAACACAAAGUAAAAGUAGACGAGUUACUGGAAAGGUUGGAUAGUAAGCAUUUAUGUGAUAUUGACGAGCUUAAUGCAAAACAUGAAAAUGAGCUCAAAGAAUUAAUAGUAGUAACAGAUGAUCAAGAAGAGAAUGAUCAACUUCGUGCUCAACUUUUAAAUAAUCAACAAAUUGAAUUAAAAAUGUUGAAAAAAAAUCAUUCAGAUCAGAAAAUAGCUGCUAAGAAAAAUGCUCUUGCAGAUUGGGAAUUAAGAUAUGCAAAAGGAAAACUCGACCUUAAAGAAAGACAUUAUACGGAGUAUGCUGACUAUUUAUCAGAAUUUUUGACAGAGGGUCGAGAAUCAUCAUUAAAAAAAGCUCAAGAAGCUGCUCGGGAGUUAAAAGACAUUCAACAAAAACUAGAGGAGCAAAGAAGACUAGAUGAAGAAAAACUAAAGAAAGAAAUGGAAGAAUUUGAAGCAAGAGAAAAUGAUCGUGUACAGCAAGAAUUACUGCAGUGUGAUAUUGAAAUCGAGAAAGAAGCAGAAGAGGAGCGCAAAAAAAAUGAAAAAGCAAUUGAGGCCUUGAAUGAACGCAAAGAACUUCUUGUAAAGCAAAAAAAAAAGAAAGCUAAAGAGGAAGUUUCAAAGCUCAUAAAAGAAGGAGCAUCAAAAGAAGAACAAGAAGCCCUUCUAAAACAGCAUAAUGAAGGAAUUGCAAAAGUUAUAAAUAAGAUGGAUGCAGAUAGACUUCGCAUGCAGGGACAACUUGAAAAUCGUUUGCAAAAAAUACGUAAAGGAAGACGAGAUUCAAAGGUAAAGGAAGUUUUGAACAGGUCUGAGCAAAUUAAAGAGGAAUUAAAAGAAAAAAUUGAGGACGAAGUAGACAAAUUAAAUACAGAAGUUGCAGAAAAAAUAAAAGAAACUUUAAAUAUCAAAGCUUUAGAAGAAUCUUCCAAUGAAAAUUCUCCCAAUGAAAAUUUUCCAUUAACACCUCAGCUUCCAACAUCAUACAUGAUGACUAUGCCAUUAAGUGAUGAUGCCAUUAUUAAUCUCCUUCUACAAUCACCUCUAUAUGAUAAAAUACGUCACAUAAAAGAAAUUGUAUCUAAAAAUAGUGUGCAGGACUCACAUAAUCCAAAAGUACCAGAUCCCUUGUCAAACGAGGAACUUGUGCCGGUUGAUUUAGCUUCUAUCAAUGCCCGUGAAUUUGUUAUUUAUAAAUUUUCGUGUUUUGUUCGCGAUCUCUUAGUUGUUCAUUGCUCACACCAUCCGGUUGACGUUCUACUCGCAGAAUCAUUGCCUAGCAACAAUCUAAUAACUAAUAAUGUGUACAAAAAUGUUUUUCACUAUGACGUUCAAAACCAAAUUUUGUAUUUAAAGCGCAGUAAACUAGGCAACGUUGGGGACUUUAUUUUGACAUUAAUACACUCUCUCUGUCAUAUUCAUGUGAGAGAUAUUCGCAACGACUCUGAUCCGAAAUUUCUCUCCGAAUUCCAUAAAGCUCUUAGUGUGGUGUGUUCUGAUCUCUUUUUAUCACGGUACCAAAAAUCAAAUGCUCUCAACAAAGCACUAAACAAAGUUUUUGAAAAUGAAUAUUCUGAAGGUCAAGUUUUGGAGAAAUUGUUUGGCGAUUCACACGACGAAAUUGCGAGAGAAAAUGUUGUAAAUGAUCUGCUAAACGUUAAACUUGUGCGUAGCAAAUAUGAUAGUGAAAAUUUUAACGAAAAAGUGAUAUAUCAACGACUUUGCAAAUACAGAGAUUUUAUUGUCGAUAACAAAGUACGCAGUCUUUUAGGGCCAAUUGAAGAAAAGUUUCACGAUUUAAAAGUUCAAGGGAGCAAAACAGAGAUUGAUCGUAGAAUAGAACAAUUAAAUUUACAGGACACUAAUGUCGCUCGAAACAAAACAUUCUUAUCUCGAAAUGUAUUGCUCAAAAACACGCGAAUUAUGGCAACUGCACGAACGCCUGUUGCUUUGUUAAAUUCGGUUUCUUCUCAAAAUAGAGGUCAACCAGAUGGUGCUGAUGAAGACUUUAUUGAAACAUAUUUGACUAGCCAAAUUGACGAGUUACAGGAAAAGCUUGACGAAAUUGAUUAUGAGUUUGCUCAUCUUUCGCGUGAAGCUGUUGAUCUUGCACAUCUAAUAAAGGCAUUGGAAGGUCAGGUUAUAAAUGAAAACGAAGCUGUGCGUAAUUUAGCUCCCAAUUGCAGUGAACGGACUCAUCUUACUGAAAUUCUACGAGUAUCAAAUAGUAAAUUAAGUGCAGCAAGAUCUCAGUUCACACUUGUCACAGUUACAAAGACUGAGAGACUAGAUAAGCUGAACAAAAUAAAGAAAGAACUUGAAGAAAAAAAAGUUGCUCUUGAAGAACAUCAAAGAAAAUCUUCAAUAAAACAAUAGUUUUCCUGCAGUUGGGAACUCGUUAUUAUCGUUGGGAUCGUUCUAUUUUCCUGCAGUUGGGAACUCGUUAUUAUCGUUGGGAUCGUUAUUUUACUGUUGUUAUAUACUUUAGUGUGUAAGCUAUAUUUUUCUUCCGGAAAUGUUUGUUUUCCAUAAUUAUUUAAAAAGUAAAA